UGUUGAGAAGAACUCUUACAGUUUUCAAGCAGUGGUUGAAGUGUGCGGCCAUGACUUGGUAUUAAAAACUUCCUUCCGCACGGCACGGGUCACAUUAUCUAUGGAUACAGCAAUUGUUCGCGAGGGGGACCCAUUGGUUAUGCGAUGUCAUCUGUCCGAAAGCAGCAAUUCUGUUCACUGGUUGACGAGCCAGACAGGGAUAUAUAUCGAACGAGUGGCCAUGAGCAGAAAUAUUACAGAAUGCAAUUUCCAUCUCCAAAGUCCUACAAUGGACUGUGACUGCCACAAUGACCUUGAAUACGUCUGCACAAUUUUGUCAGUAGAAGCAAACGACGCGGUCGGAUCUUGGAAAUGUGAAGUAGAUCUGAAAGGAGUUACCUACAGCAGCAAUAAAAUACAGAUUGUUCUAGCUCAGCUUGUUACCCGGGUAACGUUUACACCAGACCUUAGCAUACUAUCCGUAAUAGAAGGCUCAUAUGUCCAAUUUGAUGGCAAAACAUCGCCGGGAGUCCCCGCCCCGACUGUCCGGUGGUUCAAAGCUGAGAACAAGUCCGGCAUUCCUCCUAUGGAAUUCACGGAUGGUUCUCAAAUAUCCAUACACCCUAAUAUAUCUGGAACAAUCAGUUCAUUGCAAAUAAUACCAAGGAGGAAUGACAGCGGCAUUGUCAUAUAUUGCACGGCGAUGAAUAACUUUACCGAAGUUGAAUCACAGAGGAGAGUGAGUCUGGAUGUCAUGUAUGGGCCUAAGGUUCAAAACAUGAAUGACCAAAUGGUUCAGGAAGGCAGUCAGUUUAAGUUCGAUUGUCCUUUAACCCUUGGCAAUCCGUCGAAUACAUCUGUUAUUUGGAAACGCGAGAACUCUAGCGCACAGUGGACCUCUAAGACGUUUACAAUACUGUCAGUAAAUGUUAGAGACGCUGACGUCUAUACGUGUAUAGCGUCUAGCGUGCUUCUUCCGACCAUAGGAGAGUCACAGACGCGGAUUGAUGCGGGGAGCUUUUGUCUGGUGGUUGUUCCGUGCACUGACGUUAAACCAUCUUACACUGGAUUUAUUGUGGGCGGUAUAAUUUCUUGUGUCACUCUAGUAACUUUGUUGGUGUGUUUACUGAACUACGUCAUAGAUGCAUCAAGAAGAAGAAUGCCACAUUGGACCAUUUUGAAACCGUAAAACACGUAGCAGUCAGCGUCUUGAGCGCUAGGAUUACUGAUCUCGAAGUAUAAACCCGUAGGUAAAAUGGACUAUGAAGUCUUUACUAAGCUAUACGACACAAUGGUGUGGCCAACAAUAAGCUACGGAGCUGCACAAUGGGGAAUACAGGAAUUCACAUGUAUAAAUGCCGUCCAUCACAAAGCCUGUCGCUUCUUCCUAGGUGUAGGGAUACAUACACCAAACGCAGCAGUGACAGAAGACAUGGGAUGGACCCCACCAUACUUUCCGACAGUGGAAAUCAGUGAUUGAACAAUGGUUUCGCUUAAACAGGAUGGACGAUAACAGACUUAAUAAACAGACUUAUAGAUAAGUCAACCCUGUAUAACUAUGCAGACGACAAUACCCUUUCCUUCAGUCACAAAAACUUAAAUACCUUUAAGAAAACAUUUGAAUCAGAAAUUAAAUCCCUGAUACACUGGUUCAAUAUUAACCAAAUGCAGGCAACCCCCGAUAAAUUCCAGGCAAUAUGUGUAGGUAAUAAGACUUAUAUAGAAGUUAAAUCAUUUACUAUAGGUCAAAAUGAAAUUAAAUGUGAACAAAAAGUAAAACUCUUAGGAGUGGAACUUGAUUACCAGUUAAACUUUGAUCCACAGGUUACAAAUGUAUGCAAAAAGGCAGCCAAAUGUUCUCCAAAGACUAAGCAAAUUCCUGAAUGUAAGCACUAGGUUAAUAAUCUUUAAAUCUUUUAUCCGGUCAAAUUUUAAUUUUUGUCCUCUUGUAUUGCAUUUUUGUAGCAAAUCCAACACAGAAAAACUAGAAAAGAUACAGUUCAGAGCCCUAAGAAUUGUUUUUAAUGACUAUGAAUCUAGUUAUGAUACACUACUAAAAAAGGUUAACAGUACUACUCUUCACUUAAACAGGUUACGCCUCGUUGCGUCAGAAACAUUUAAAUGUAUACACAAUCUUUCCCCAGAAUAUCUUCAAUCCUUGGUUAAAGUUAAAUCCUCUACCUAUAAUUUCAGAUUUUCAAACAUCCUUGAGACACCACAAGUAAGAACAACAAGGUAUGGCAAACAUUCCUUUCGUUUUGAGGCUGUACAGGUGUGGAACAGCCUCCCAGAGGAUAUUCGCACAGUCGACAAAUAUAAAGACAAAUAUAAAGACUUUGUACGGCUGAUCCGUACCUGGACAGGUUCAAAAUGUAAAUGCGCCAUGUGUGAGUAACCUGCUUCUCACAUUUUUUGCUUGCUUGCUUGUUUUUUGCUGUCCUGCUUAUAUUAUUUAUUUAUCUGUCAGUUAACCCCUUGUUUAUUAUCCUUGUAUAAAGUGUAUAUGAGUUUCUUGUGUGUUUAAAAAAAAAUA